AGUUAUUACAAUGGUAGCUGCUGAUGAAAAUCUGAAAAAGAAACAUCGCCGAAUGAAAGCCAACUGCCGUGAACGUCAACGUAUGCAUGGCCUGAAUGAUGCUUUGGAUAUUUUGAGACAGUACGUACCAAUUACAACUCAACAUCAGAAAUUAAGCAAGAUUGAGACGCUGCGUUUGGCAAGAAAUUACAUCUACGCUUUGAAGCGUAUGCUCCAUACUGGACAUCAACCAACUCCGCUUGAAUAUGCCCAUCAACUUUCCGUUGGAUUGAGUCAAACCACAACAAAUAUGCUGGCUACCCUCUUACAGGUUCACCCACGACUCUUGUCUAACCCAUCUACGCCAACUCCAUGUGCUGUCCAAGAACCGUUCCAGCCGUCUCCAUCCAUUGCCCCACAGUUGACUCCACCAUACCCUGUCCAGAUGAAUUAUAUGCAUGAACACCAUGCCAUGUACCAAUAUUGAUGUCGUAUUUUCGAAUUCUUAUAAACUGCGGGUAUUCAGUGAUUUUUUGGUCUCGAU